AUGGGAGAUGACAUAAGGCAGGCCAUAUAGUAUUUCAUGAAUCUUUAGAUUUUCUUAGGCAUCGAAAAACUUUUUGUGAUAGUUCAUAAAUCUCCAUAUACAUGGUCGUAGUGUCUUUAAGUGAAAGAGUCAUGGACAGAACUCCAAAACUCUUACAGAUGGAUAACUUUUUAUAACGUUGCAGAUGCCAUUGUUUCUUAUGCCAGUAACUUAUUCUUUAAUGCAGCUGACAUCGGAGAAGAGAUCUACUGGAUACUAAUAUACUAUGUUUUUGAGGACUAUGAGGGAAUAGGCAAGAUGAUUGCAAAACUUACGAGUGAUAUUUUUAUUAACAGUCCCUUUAGAAAUUCUUUCAACUACAGGAACUCUCAGUUUAUCAAGUAUAGAAUAUACAGAGAAAAUAUUGGUGACAAUGCCGACUAAGUUCAGGGUAGACUUUAAAGUUCCCUAGAUGACAAAAAUUCAUAGUACUCAGGAGACUUGGACUAAAAAUAUAAAAUCAAACUUAGGCAGAAAAUUACUGAAGAAACUUUAGAAUACAUGAUAGAUGCUUUAAACAAUUGCGUUUAAAACAAGAAAUUCUAGAACAUGUCUAUUAGAGAAGAGUUCCUUGAUAAGGCUGAAGAAUUAAUUUAAACUAGCACCUUAUCGUCUAAAAAUAACGAAUAAAAGCAGAAAUUUUACGAUGAAAUUAACCUAAUAUUAUUUAACUAUUGUUGA